CGGGACAGCGGCUGAGGUCCUGUGAAACCCAGCUACCAAGAAAAAUGUUUCAAAUUGGGGCCCUCAUUGUCCUCUGUGAGCUGCUGGCCCAGUCCACAGCUCAGCUUGGUGGCCUGCCAUUGCCACAGGACCAGAGUUUACCCUUGCCCUUGGGCCAAGGCCUGCCCUCGUACAUGACUCCAUCUCUGCCCUUGAAGCACAAGGAUCCUACAGGAAGCUUGAUUGGCGGCCUCACCAGUGGCCUGCUCUCUGAGGGUCUGUUGAAAGUUCUGGAAAACCUUCCACUCUUGAACAUCUUGAAGCCUGGAGAUGGCACUUCUGGUGGCCUGCUUGGGAACCUCCUUGGAACAUUGACCUCAGGGAUCCCUCUCCUGAACAACAUAAUUGACUUAAAGAUCACUAAUCCCCAGCUGCUGGAACUUGGCCUUGUGCAGAGCCCUGAUGGCCAUCGCCUCUAUGUCACUAUCCCUCUUGGCCUGGAUCUUGAAUUGAAAUUGCCCAUGAUUACAAGUCUAUUGGAACUGAAACUGAAGCUAAACAUCACUGCAGAAGUCUUAGCUGUGAGAGACAACCAGGGGAGGGUCCACCUGGUCCUUGGUGAUUGCAUCCACUCCCCUGGAAAUCUGCACAUCUCUAUUCUUAAAGGAGUUGUUCCUCUGCCUGUUCAAGGCCUUCUAGAUGGCAUCACAGAUAUCCUCAAUAAAGUCCUCCCUGAGCUGGUGCAGGGCAAGGUGUGCCCUCUGGUCAACGAGGUGCUCAGACACUUGGAUGUCACCCUGGUACAUGAUAUUGCUGAAUUACUGAUCCAUGGACUACAAUUUGUCUUCAAGAUCUAGGCCUCCCAGAAAGGGAACCGGUGCUCUGCUGAGCUAGACCAUGUCUUGCUGCUCACUGCAUCACUCCCUCCCAGCUUCCAGAAGGAUGGCCCAUGUGCUGACAAGGGACAAAGCUACUUUCUCCCCAGGGAACCUUCUCACUAUCCGUUCUCACAGCCAUGAG